UGACACCGUCAUUGACCCCACCUGAGAGAGGAAUCACCUGAGGGUGUAACGCUUGGAGGUCAGCAACAGUACUGACUACUGAGGUGAAAUCACUGAGCCAUACUAUCCCUGCUGUUCUUCAAUGAGCCCAUUGACUGACUGCCUCCCCACUAUUGUUAGUCUGUACAGUUCAGCCUUAAAAGGACUCACUUUGCUAGUGAAGCUCCCAGAGACGGACCAUGGCUCGGUGCUACACGGACUGUAUAGAGAGACCUUUCCGCCUUGGUUUUGAGAUCAUGGGUGCCUUUGUUGGAGUCCAUCUGUGGUGGUUCCUCAUUACCCCCCUUGUUUUUUCUGCAGGUCUGGGAAGCGGCUUUUAUUUUCUACCAGCACAAAUGUCCAACAACAUUGAGGACCAGUUCACUCCUGUCGACGGGCAAGCAAAAGUGGAGAGGCAGUACAUCCAGGAGACCUUCCCUGUGAACACCUCUAUGUUCUCCAGUUUGAGGUUGAGCACCAGUGGUUGCUAUGCAACCCUUAUCGCCUCAACUGAUUGGAACAUCUUGGCGGAGGAGCUGCUUCAAGAAAUCCUGGACUUGGACUUUAAAAUCAGAUCAAUGCUGGUGGAGUUUAACCAGAGCACCUUCAGUUACGAGGACGUCUGCGCGCGAGUGGCGGGGUCCUGCUUCUCCAAUGACAUCUUGGAGAUCAUAGAACAACAAGCUGGCAACAUAACAACACUGGACCUGACAUACCCUUGGUUCAAGAACACCCCGUUACAUUUAAAUUUAGGAGGUGUUCACGCCAACAACUCAGUGGUCCAAAGAGCUGAAGCCAUGCAGUUACGUUACUACUUAACAGAAGCAGUCAAGCAAAAAGCAGAACUCUGGUUGGAAGGUUUUAUCCACCUAGUUUCAAAUCAGUCAGCACUUAACAUAGAGGUUUCAUACUCGACCUCAGCGUCCAUGCAGUGGGAGUUUGAGAAGACCCCGACCUCAGUGAUCAGUUUGUUCUCCAUCACUUACGUCAUUGUCAUUUCAUUUUCCAUCCUCUCAAGCUGGAGACAGGACAAUGUGCGGACAAAGGUGUGGGUGGCGUGCUGUGGGGUGCUCUCCACUGGGCUGGCGGUCCUCAGUGGUUUUGGAGCCUUGCUGUUGCUAGGACAACCUUUUGUUAUCCCUGUCGCCUCCUGUCCUUUCAUGAUACUAGGUGUUGGGCUGGACGACAUGUUCAUCAUGGUUUCCUGCUGGCAGAGGACGCGAGUCCUGGCCAGCGUCCCCGACCGCCUGGCCCACACCUACCGCGACUCUGCCGUCUCCAUCUCCGUCACCACCCUGACCAACGCUCUGGCUCUCUACUUGGGCUGCAGCUCGUCCUUCCGUUCGGUCCGAUCCUUCUGCCUGUACGCCGGCGUGUCUGUCUGCUUCUGUUACCUGUACUGUCUCACCUUCCUAGGGGCUUGUUUGGCUCUGAAUGGUCAGCGAGAAGCCCAGAACAUGCACUGGUUCACCUGCGCCAGGAUCCCAGAGGAUGCAGCCAACACCGAUUCCAAAACCUUUAACGUGUGCUGCAUCGGUGGAAGCUACAAUCGAAUCACAGAAACGGAAGAAUCUGAGUGCGUGAGUCGGUUCUUUGAGCGGUUCUAUGGACCCUUUCUGACCCAUAAAUUCACUAAAGCAGCCGUGAUCGCCGUCUACUCUCUUUACCUGGCUGUUAGUAUCUACGGUUGCGUCACCCUAAAAGAAGGACUCGAUGUGAAGCACCUGGCUUUGGAUGAUUCCUACCUUAUUGAUUACUACCGCAACCAGAAGCAGUACUUCUUUGAGUACAGCUACAACGUCAUGGUGGCAGUGAAGCAGCCGGUCUCAUAUUGGGAUGAGAUUGAACGGAACAACACACUAUCUUGCCUUUCAAAAUUCGAGAGCUUGGACUAUGUGAACAGCACUUUUGGCUGGUUUUUCGCAUUUCAAAGUUACAUUGAUGUAACCAACAUUUCUAAGGAGGAUUUCCAAAGUAAUCUCAUCCAAUUCUUGGAUUACAACAGCCAGUUUCACCAGGACUUAAAAUGGAGUGAAGGCGGUACAAUACAGUCGUCCCGGUUUUUCAUCCAGUUGCAGAACAGAGCAACAACAAAGGACAUGAUGAUCGGACUCAGAAAGACAGCAGAGGAGUGUAGCACUGACCUUCUAGUCUAUCACCCGGCUUUCAUAUACUUCGACCAGUACACAGUCAUCGUCCACAACACGGUUCAAACCGUCCUGGUCGCUGUGUUUGUGAUGCUGACCGUUUCUCUGAUCCUGAUCCCCAGUCCUGUUUGUUCCCUUUGGGUGGCUUUUGCUGUCUGUUCUGUCAUCAUCGGCGUAACAGGCCUCAUGUCACUAUGGGGCGUGAACCUGGACUCCAUCUCCAUGAUCAACCUGAUCAUGUGUGUGGGUUUCUCUGUGGACUUCUCAGCACACAUCUCCUACUCCUUCAUCUCAAGCCCAAAAAGAGACGUCAACGCAAAAGCCAUGGAUGCUCUGGCUCAUUUGGGGUAUCCCAUCCUACAAGGGGCUCUGUCCACAGUGUUGGGGGUGGUGGUGCUGUCAACAUCUGGCAGCUACAUCUUCAGGACCUUUUUUAAAAUAGUCUUUCUUGUGAUCACAUGUGGAACACUCCACGGUUUAGUCUUCAUCCCUGUGUUCCUGACCCUACUUGGAGCUUGGAGAUAACAAGUGUGUGUUGAGAACCGACAGGAGGAAGAACAAUGAAAGAACUC